CCAGCUACCGGUACACUGUAGACACGUAGACACCCUCCAAGUACUUCUCAAGCCUCAAGCCCUCAUAAUAUUUUCUUCCCAAACUAACGUUUCAGCAUAAUUCAAUCAAACCCCACCAUGUCCAACUCUUCAUCCUCUCAAUGCAACCCCAGCAGCAGCCGUCCAGGAACUGAAACUCCAAGCAGUAUCCCUUUGGUGGACUUGGCUCCACAGAUUCUUUGUACCGGUACCACCAGCUACAUGAACCCCCCUGCUCAAGACCGUGCACAACAGAUGCGAGGUCUUCAAAUGCUGCUUGGUGAAGUUCUUGAUAUGCUGGAAGAUGACGAAGAUGACUGGCUUGGUGUGAACAUGGAUGAUAGUGCACAGGAAGAUCCUCAAGACAUCAUUGUGAUGACCCUGCCACAAUAGACGGGCCGUACAACGCUUGUGCCAAGAUAGGACCGUAUGGGCUACUGUAUGAGCGAAUUGAGAGCUGAGCUAUAGAAGGACACGAAACAUGAAAGACAUGAAGCAGACUGCACAUAAUCACAUUCCAAGGCGGCCUCACUGGAAUUGUCCACAGGAGUACACCAGCCUCUACCCCACUGGUACAGGAUCAGUGCCCUUUUAGAGACUGCACAUAAAUACAUACAUAGCCAUGAUCUGAAAGUUGA